AUGUUCCCCUCCACAAUUCAACUUCGUCAUGCCCACUUGUGUGGUCCAAGGCUUGCUCCGGCCACAGCCCAUUUAAACAAAAACGACUCGAGCCCCCCUCCCCCGACUGACAACAUGGCUUCCGGCUUUGAUGAGGAGGAGCUCCAUAUCAGCCUCUCACCCUCCCAGAUCCGUCGACGCUCCCAGCAGCACGGUGCUGCUGCCGAUACCGCUGCCGCCGGCCGUCACGACCACCUUCAACCACCCGACGCCGUCAACAUGGCUCCUCCCGCCGACACGACCGUCCCGCUGCGGGACAAAAUCAAGACGGAGCAGCGUAUCGGCGCGUACAAGGUUAUCAAAACCCUUGGCGAGGGUUCAUUCGGAAAGGUGAAGCUGGCAAUCCAUAAUGGCACCGGCCAGCAGGUCGCCCUCAAGAUUAUCGCCAGGAAAAAGCUCAUCAGCAGAGACAUGGCUGGCCGCGUAGAACGCGAGAUCGAAUAUUUACAACUCUUGCGACACCCUCACAUCAUCAAGUUGUACACCGUUAUCAAGACGCCUAAUGAAAUUAUCAUGGUCCUCGAAUACGCCGGCGGUGAACUCUUCGACUACAUCGUGCAGAACGGACGAAUGAAGGAACCCGAGGCCCGCAGAUUCUUCCAACAGAUGCUUUGUGCCGUCGAGUACUGUCACAGACAUAAGAUUGUGCACCGAGAUUUGAAACCCGAGAACCUCCUGCUGGAUGAUAACCUCAACGUCAAGAUUGCCGAUUUUGGUCUAAGUAACAUUAUGACGGACGGAAACUUCCUUAAAACGAGUUGCGGAAGCCCAAACUACGCGGCCCCUGAAGUCAUCGGUGGAAAGCUCUACGCUGGCCCUGAGGUAGAUGUUUGGAGUUGCGGCGUGAUCCUCUAUGUUCUACUUGUGGGGAGGCUACCGUUUGACGAUGAGCACAUCCCCAGCCUAUUCGCAAAGAUUGCUCGCGGCACCUACAGUAUACCGCAAUGGAUGAAUGCCGGCGCAGCGAAUCUCAUUAAGAAGAUGCUUGUUGUGAACCCUGUGCAACGUGCCACGAUUGAGGAUAUCCGACAAGACCCGUGGUUCAUGACAGACCUACCGCCAUACUUGGCACCACCUGUCGAGGAGUUCUACAACACGGGCGUAGACCCUAACAAGGCCAUCGAGAAGAGCGACAUAGCCCCUAACGCCCCUCCCAAGGUUCAAGAGAAGCUACACAACGAGGUUACGGAGAAGAUCAGUAAGACGAUGGGCUACGGAAAACAGGACGUUGAGGAGGCCUUGCAAGCGGCGGAGCCAUCAGCGAUCAAGGAUGCUUACAUGAUCGUUCGUGAGAACAAGCUCAUGCAAGUAAAUGGUAAGUCAUGGUUAUCGCGCGAUGCGUAUCCUAUACUAAUUUUAUCAACAGAGGCUAUGGCAUCACUCUCGGUCGAUCAGGACUCAAAUAGCCCCCUUCCAAGUGCAUCAUCUGCAAGAUCAGGUGUAUCUGCCGCCAGCACACAGCGUCCCUACAUUAGCAAGAUUGGUAUUCUACCAAGCAGUUUGCCGACUUACCACAAGGAGUACGUGGAGCGCGAAAAGGCAGGCAUCGAGGAUCAUCCAACCCCUACGAUCGUAGUUGAUGAGCCGUCAUCGGCACGUACAGAUGCUGAGAGGGAGGAGACUGCCCGACACUUGAAACCUCACUCCCGCAGCCAGGUUCGCCUCGAUGAUUCCAAAUCGCGGCCACAGGGCAUGACACCAGUGACCACGGCCAAGAAAACAAAACCAGUCAGGUGGCAGUUUGGCAUCCGGUCACGUAACGCGCCGUGGGAGGCCCUUCUCUGUAUCCAUAAAGCCCUCAACAAGCUGGGAGCAACGUACGUGCCAGAUGAAGACUAUGAAAAAAUGCACGGCACGGAGACAGAUCAGCCCAGUAACGAUGGUAGCUUUGUCGAUGACUAUACCUCUCAAGGGGGUAACGACUCCACGACCAGUAUCGACCCGCUGAAGAGGUACAAGCUUCCAGCCGACCCAUGGCAUAUUAAAGUCCGGUGGGAAACACAGACCUUGCGCAAGAGUUCAGCGACUCCUACCGAGGGAUCCAAGACUCCAGACAGCUACCAUGUCGUUGGAGAUGACAAGGUCAAGCGGGAUUUUGUGGCUCUACACAUGGACAUACAAAUAUACGAGAUGGAGCACGGCGUCUACCUUGUGGACUUCAAGUGUUCGGGAUAUGAGACAGCUGACAGAAGAUUGCUUGAGGAGAAGGACGUUACAAGUCCAUUCCCGUUCCUGGAUAUGGCAGCCAGGUUGAUCAUGCAGUUAGCCGAGGCGGACUAA